AUGGCAAGCAGCAUGGUGGCGGUGGCCAUGGACUGUGAGAUGGUGGGGCUGGGGCCCAGCCGGGAGAGCGGCUUGGCCCGUUGCAGCCUUGUGGACUUCGAUGGCUUGGUGAUCUAUGACAAGUUCAUCCGGCCCGAGGGGGAGAUCACAGAUUACAGGACCCGGGUCAGCGGGAUCAGGCCCCAGCACAUGGAAAAGGCCAUACCCUUCGCCGUGGCCAGACGGGAGGUCCUGCAGCUCCUGAAAGGCAAGCUGGUGGUGGGUCACGACCUGAAGCAUGACUUUAAGGCUCUGAAGGAGGACAUGAGCGGCUACACCAUCUACGACACGGCCACCGACAGGCUGCUGUGGUCUCAUGCCAACCUGCAACGCUGCCAGCGUGUCUCCCUCCGGGUGCUCAGCGAGCGCCUCCUGGGAAGGAGCAUCCAGAACAGCCUGCUGGGCCACAGCUCGGUGGAAGACGCCAAGGCAGCCAUGGAGCUCUAUCAAAUCUCCCGGAAAAUCCGCGGCCACUGA